AUGCCGUCACCAGCCAUCGCUUCCAGCGUGGCACGCGCAGUGCUGCAGUGGUUCGAGAGCAAUUCGCAAUGCCAGAAAAAAGUUCCUCCUUUGGAGUGGACGGUACUCGCCGGUAUCGUAUUACGCUCUCCCUCCUCAGACGCAGAGUCUAGUGACACAUUCCGCGUACUGGCAGCGGCUACGGGCAACAAAUGCCUCGGUCGACGCGACCUGAACGCCGACGGGCUCGUGGUCAACGAUUGCCACGCUGAAGUGUUGGCCAGACGCGCAUUCCUCCGCUAUUUGUACGCCGAAGCGCUGUUCUGGCAGAACAACGGGUUGGAAUCAAGCGAUCAGUCGAUCUUCGAGCGACACUCGACGUCGCACCGACUCGUGCUUAAGCCCCAACACUCGCUGCAUCUCUUUAUCAGUGAAGCACCUUGUGGUGAUGCUGCCAUCUACGAACUGCGCCAAGAUGUUGUUAAUGAAUUGGUGCAGCAACGAGAAGCCAAGACUGGACAGGCGGACCAGAGAGAGCGGAGUGAGUUACGUUUGACAGGAGCCAAAGCACACAACAAGCGAUCAAGAGAUGUUGAUGCUCGAAAGGACCAAGACACGCCACCAGAUAAGAAAUUCGCGCAAGCGGUUGGCAUUGCACGUGUUAAGUCUGGACGAUCCGAUUUACCACCAGAGAAGCAGACGCUGUCUAUGAGCUGCUCUGACAAACUGGCCAAGUGGAAUGCACUAGGACUACAGGGUUCUCUAUUGCUGCAGUGGUUUGAGCCUAUCUUUUUGAGUUCAAUCACCGUGAGUGAAGAUGACAAAGCGAUGUCAGUAGUGAAGCAAGAGCAGGCACUCCAACGAGCUCUGUGUACACGACUACGAGACCGCAAUGCACUGAUAGACGGAGCACGAAUGUCCUGUGAGACUUGUGUUGUCUCCGAAAUUCCACAAUUCAGUCGUCGACGAACUUCUGACCGAGCUCCAUCAAGUCUAGCGCUGAACUGGACCACUCGGGAAUCCUAUUGGACUCGCGCACAAGAUGCUUCAACCAAUGCCAAGUUUGUAGCCAAGUUUUUCAACAACUUUGAGUUCGAAUUCUUGGUGGCAGCUACAGGUUUCAAACAGGGCGCUAAGAAGGCUUCAAAGAUGGAUCAAGUUGCCAUGGAGAGAGUGGCUUCACGUCUGGCAAAGAGGAACAUGCUGCGUGCAUUUCACCUUCUCAGCCAAGCCUCACUGUCAGAUAACACAAGUGAUCUUGAGUAUCUUCAACUCAAGCGAGCAGUUCCUGUACGCGCAUCAUGCACAACACCCUCUACAUCUUCGGCAUCGACAGCUGUUGUCGCCUACAACAAUCAGCGAGAACAGUUCUUUGAGGCUUUCAGUGAUUGGAUUGGGGUUCCUGCCACGUUCAAGCAGUUCAAGCUCUAA